ACAUCGUAUUUAAACUUCAAAGCAAAGAAAAGAUCAACUUUAAAUCAAACUUCAAUUCAAAGCAAAAAAUGGCUUCUAUUGGAAUUGGAAUGUGCGAAACGCCCGGUUGCAAAUCAAUCGCUCAAUUACAGUGUCCCACAUGCAUAAAACUCGGCAUACAGGGAUCGUUCUUUUGCAAUCAAGACUGUUUCAAAAAAUCAUGGAAAUCUCACAAAAUUAUCCACUCAUUGGCGAAGGGUGAAAGUACUGAUGGUUCGACCGUUGAGUAUAAUCCGUGGCCGUCCUUUAAUUUUACGGGGAAAUUGAGGCCUUUUCCGGCCGGUCCAAAGAGAACCGUGCCUCCACAUAUAGGUCGUCCAGAUUACGCCGACCACCCAACUGGUUUCCCGGCUUCAGAGAACGCCGCAAAGGGUUCUGGACAGAUUAAAGUUUUGGACGAUGAAGAAAUUGAAGGAAUGCGUGUCGCUUGUCGACUUGGCCGUGAAGUACUUGACGAAGCCGCAAAAGCCUGUGAUGUUGGUGUGACAACUGAUGAAAUAGACAGAGUAGUCCAUGAGGCUUGUAUUGAACGUGAAUGUUAUCCCAGUCCACUGAACUAUCAUAACUUCCCAAACAGCUGUUGUACUUCAGUGAACGAAGUUAUCUGUCAUGGAAUACCAGAUUUACGUCCACUGCAGGAUGGUGAUAUAUGCAAUGUAGAUGUAACUGUCUACCACAGAGGAUUUCAUGGUGACUUAAAUGAGACAUUUUUUGUUGGCACCAUACUAGAGUCAAGUCGGAAACUUGUUCAGGUCACAUAUGAGUGUCUGCAGAAAGCAAUUGAUAUUGUGAAACCCGGUGAAAAGUACAGGGAGAUUGGAAAUGUUAUACAGAAGCAUGCACAAGCGAAUGGAUUGAGUGUUGUACGUUCUUAUUGCGGUCAUGGUAUACAUAGAUUGUUUCAUACUGCACCGAAUGUUCCACAUUAUGCCAAGAAUAAGGCAGUGGGUGUAAUGAAGCCAGGCCAUUGUUUCACCAUUGAGCCCAUGAUAAACGAGGGUGGUUGGCGUGAUGAACAGUGGCCGGACCACUGGACUGCGGUCACAGCUGACGGAUCUUGGUCUGCUCAGUUUGAGCAGACUCUACUAGUGACGGAGACAGGAUGUGACAUCCUGACGAAGCGGGAAGGUGGAAGGCCCUGGUUCAUGGACCAACUGGAGAAACUCAACACCAAAUCCUAGUCCAUGCAGUAACUACUGCCCGUCCAUUGAGGUAAUCUCUUAAAAUUUCGUGGCUGUGGUAAAAGAAAAAGCUAAAUUAAUGAAAUAAUAAAUCCUUAUAUUCAAUGCAAAUGUAGAUAGAAAUGUGAUAAUAAAAUCAUGACUAGAAAAGUACAUUAAUAUAUUUAAAUAAAAUCUCAAUGUGCGGGCAAUAUUUAAUGUUUAAAUAAAGUUAUUUUUAUCUUAACGCUAGAUGAGUUUAAUUGAUUUUCGAAUAGAUAAAUAUGUGUAUUGUUGAAGAAAAGCUAGUGCAUAAAUUCUUUAAAUAACAGACUUGCUAUAUUUUUAUAUGUAUUUUGACAGUGAAAUUGUUUCUGUAUAUUUCUAGUUUUCAAACCAAUUGUUUAUCAAUUGAUAUUAAGAUCAAAAUAGACUUACUGUAGCUAGAUACUUGUAUACAUUGUACACAUUGUAUACAUCGUAAUGACACUUGUAUUCAUACAGCGGUAGAGGCCGCUUUAACAUCUUCGCACGAAUCGGCCCGGCUCGCCCGGUGAAAUACCACGACCACACAGAAGACAGGCGUGAA